GCGGCGCAGGGGCGCCGGCGGCGGGUGCGGGGAGGAGAGGCAGCAGGAUGUCGGUGGCUGCCUACUGUAUAUUUUGCUAUAGACAAAUAGGAACUUCUGGUCCAGCUACAAAAGCACAUCUACCAUGGAGUGAUAUCAGAAAAAUUGCCAAGAUAACUGGAUCAAUUAUACUAGGAGGUUUUGUAUUCAUUACAUAUGAAGUCCUGUCCUUAAAGAAGUUACUGCAAAUUGACACUCAAGCUAUACAUCAAGAAAAACUUAAAUCCUAUGUGUAUGUACAUACAGCUUCUCUGAAUACAAGUCAAGGGAUCACAUACCAAGCCAGAAAAGAAAUCCAUAAAGCUGUGAGGAAAAUCCUAGAAACAGAAGCUAAAUUUUUCCGCAGGCCUUUUAAUGUAAAAGAACAAUUCAGUACAUUUGAUGGAGAAGAUCAUGAAUGUGCCUUAUGGCUCCUCUUAAAGAGAUGUCAGUCAGAAGACAAAGAGGUCCGGCUGCGGGCUGUACAAGACCUGGCAAGCAACAGUCACUGGCAUGAUUAUCAGUAUGGUACAGUUGCCCAAACCUGUGAUCAAAGGACUGCUAUCGGUUUGGCUCGAUCAAAAGACGUUGACCUUCGCUUUUUCCUGCCUCCACCACCUUUGCCAAAAAUCAAGAAUGAUUACCCCACAGAGGAUGAACUUCGCUUGUUGUUAGUAUCUUUACCUCAGUCUGGUCUUGAUCCAUGCGUCCAGUACUUUACUUCUCUUGCUUUACGUGAAACCAGUCAGACUCUUGCUGCACAAAGGGGAGGCUUAUGGUGUUUUGGAGGAAAUGGACUUCCAUAUUGUGAGACAUUGAGUAAAAUCCCUUCAGAGACGGUGGAACUCUUCUGCUUGCAAGCUUUAGUACAACAUUCUAAGAUUUCGUCUCACUGUGAUAAAAUUGAAGCUGAGGGAGGCCUUCAGCUGCUGCAGAGGAUAUACCAGCUACGGAAAGAUUCAGCAAAAAUCCAGAGGAGCAUAAUUCGCAUCAUUGGAAACAUGGCGCUGGAUGAGCGGCUCCACGCAUCCAUAGUACGUGCAGGUUGGGUUUCUGUACUUGCUGAAGCAAUGAAAUCCCCACAUGUCAUUCAGUCUUCUCAUGCAUCCAGAGCUCUGGCUAAUCUAGACAGGGACACAGUGCAAGAAAAGUAUCCGGAUGGUGUUUAUGUCUUGCAUCCACAAUACCGUAGCAGCCAGCCCAUCAGAGCAGAUGUCCUCUUUGUUCAUGGUCUUCUGGGAGCAGCGUUCAAAACCUGGCGACAGCAAGACAUUGAGCAGCAGCUGGAUAAAAAGGCUUCAGAAGGGGAAGAGGGCUAUAGCCAGUGCUGGCCAAAGACGUGGCUGGCUUCAGACUGUCCUGCUCUUAGAAUCAUAUCUGUGGAGUAUGACACACAUUUGAGUGACUGGAAAGUGAAAUGUCCUGUUGAGGCUCACAGGAAGUCUAUUGCUUACAGGAGCAAUGAACUUCUUGACAAGCUCAGAGCUGCUGGGAUUGGAGACAGACCUGUGGUGUGGGUAUCACAUAGCAUGGGUGGUCUUCUAGUCAAAAAGAUGCUGGUGGAUGCUUCCAAGAAUCCAGAAAUGGAUAAAAUUGUAAACAACACCAGAGGGAUCAUAUUUUAUAGUGUACCUCAUCACGGCUCCCAGCUGGCUGAAUACUCUAUAAAUGCCAGAUAUCUUCUGUUCCCGUCUGUGGAGGUUAAAGAGCUCAGCAAGGAUUCUCCUGCCCUUAAAGAGCUGAAUGAUGACUUCCUGUCUUUUGCCAAAGAUAAAAACUUUUCAGUGCUGAGUUUUGCAGAGACGUUGCCAACACACAUAGGCAGCAUGCUAAAGCUGCAGGUUGUACCUCUGGAAUCAGCACAGUUAGGAAUUGGAGAACUUAUCCCAGUGGAUGUUAAUCACCUGAAUAUUUGUAAGCCAAAGAAGAAAGAUGCUUUCCUUUACCAGCGCACAUUGAAAUUCAUCCAGGAUGUUUUAGCCCAAGAACUUGGAGACUGAGUUUUUGCUAUCCUUGCAAUGUUAUUUCCUCCAUCUGGUGUGACACAGUAAGUUCUUCUCCUAACAUUUGUUAGGGGAUCUGCAGAAGUACAAGAUGCUCUGUCAAUAAUUACUAACUUUUUUUUACCUCUCCAACUUCUAAAAUGUAUUCAGAUCAAAACAAAUACAGAUGUAAGUCCUGCAAACUUGGCAAAAAGCAAAUGCGUGUUGCUUAGAGUCACCUUGAUCUGCCAAUAAAAUGUGUGUCAAUUCCUCAGCAAUUUGAUGAGGGAUCAGUGGAAGAGAAGUUUCACUUAGUCUGCAGACAUCCCAUUGGAGCAGCACAGGUAGAGUACAGAGAGUGCCCCAGAUAUAUCCUUGUAUCCAAACAAAACAAAAAAGGCAUGCUCUGGGUGCUACAAUAAAUUUACAUCUGGGACUGAAGUCUUACAGAGAGGAUCAAAACCAAUUCACUGUGGUGGUUAUUUGUGUUAAGGGGGAGAAGCAGCAUGUGGCUGUCUCACAGCACCGGUUUACUCUCCAUCUUAACUAGUCUAGUGGCACAAUUAGAGGAGUUUUUGUACUUGCCUUUUCAUUUAAUAGACCACCUAGAUUUGUCAGCAAGUGUGCUUUCUGCCUGGGGAAGAAGCUGUUAGAUGUGUGGCAUAGACAGCUGUAGUUAUUUUAGUCUGUUUGUAUAAAUGAAAGUUCAGUGAAAGAAAUGACCACCUUCUUGUACAUUUCUCUUAGCAACUUGUGAGAUUUCGUUCUUGAUUCAAAGAAGAGCACUGAAGAUGCUCAAGUGGAGUAAUGCAAAUGUAGGCCCUGACAGGAAGGGCAAUGCUUAGAGUUUGGAGCUCAGUAAAGCAGGAAAAAAUCCAGGUGAUCAUAAGGCCUUACUGGAAAUGCAGAAGAUUGCAAGUCAUUUUAGUUCCUUGAGGCCCAGGUGUGUUUAUUGGUGUAGGUACAGAGGUAAGCAGAGUUGUCUUAUUUGUUUAUGUUGAGGCUAUCUUAACUAGACUGAUGAGAAAUUAGUAUUUUUAGUUGUGGGUUUUUUUAAGUCUUAAAUAGUUUGCAAACUAGUUAAAAGCAGCCUGGUCUAACUGUGGUCUUUUCCUUUCUCUCCACCCCCACCACACUCUGAGAACCAGUACAGGCUACAGUUAGGCUAUACUGCUCUAGCUCACCAUUUGUUGAUGGCAAGCUAAAGAUGUCUCUUAGCAGCCCUUACUGGAGAUGGAUUUAGGUGAUUAUCUCUGGCCUUAAAGUUAUAGCCACGCAAGCUACUGAAGAGGUGAGAUGUGCUUUGCAGUUCUGCGUGGCCUUGAUGCAAGUGCUAGUGGCCAUUGCAGUCCUGCCAGGUCCUGAGGCCACUUCAGCUGUUGCACUUGAGAGCCCUUCAGCCCAGGAGGACACUGCACCUGAAAAUGCUCUUCUGGAAAUUGAAUCUUCACAUUGAUGGAGCUGCAGAGUAAAAUUCACCAGAAUAGCACAGAGGAUAUACAGCACUACUCUAGCAAAAAGUGGUUUUCCACCUAAGCAGGAUGUAGGUAAGAACACUGCACAGCAGCAUUUCAGGUAGAAAAUGUAACAGAGCUCUUCUAGCUGCAGAAGAGGUUUACUCUUGUUACAGUGUGGUUUAAACUUCAGAGUGGAAACACAGCACAACACUUCGUAUUGACAGGGCAUGUGGAAUUCAUUGUGAAUAGACACAACUUCUCACAGCUGAGUGCAUGUCCUGUGGUGAACCUUCUGCUGGCUUCCUUGGCCUGCAGGGGUUCAGAUCACUGACAUUACACAUUAAUCUCAGUAAAGCAUCGAUGUUUUGUCACUGGAACUGCAACUUUUGAGGCAACUUUCUCUUUUUUUAACUGUAUGUAUAUAUGUGUCACUUCUAAAAUUACUAUUUUGAGAGGGGUGGGUUGUUGGCACUGGUUGGGGGUUUUUGGAAUAUAAUGUUUAUAAAAAUGUAUUAGCAAUGCCACAAAAGGUAUUAAAGGUGAACAAUCUGCCAAGUGAA